GCCGGCUCGUACUGAGCACGCGCAGGCGGCUCCGGCAUGUUCCGGCAAGCUGUGACGGGAGGCCGUUCCUGACACUGCACCGGCCACUGGCGGGAUGAGAUGACAUCAGCUCGGCGGGACGCGCGCAGGCGGGACAACGCAGCAAAGAGGAGAGUGUAUGAAAACUCUAUGGGGUCAGCCAAAAAUGUGAUAAGUGAGACUGUUGAUGUAGCAGAGAGUUAUAACAUGAUGGCUUCUUUCCAGCGCUCUAAUAGUCAUGACAAAGUGAGGAAAAUUGUUGCAGAAGAGGGUCGUACAGCAAGAAACCUUAUUGCAUGGAGUGUCCCACUGGAAAGCAAAGAGGACGAUAGUAAGUCUAAAUGGCAAGUAGGUGGAAAAUCUAAGAGAGUGACUCAUGGAACACAUAAACCUACAAAACAGAGUACUACAGUAGACUGUAAAAUAACAUCAGCAGCCGCUGGAGAUAAAAACUUUGACAAAAGCCCAACAAAAACAAGGCAACCUCGAAAAGUUGAUUUGAGAGCUCGAUAUUGGGCAUUUCUUUUUGACAAUCUUAGACGAGCAGUUGAUGAAAUCUAUGUUACUUGUGAGUCGGAUCAGAGCGUAGUAGAAUGCAAGGAGGUUCUAAUGAUGCUAGAUAACUAUGUAAGAGAUUUCAAGGCAUUGAUUGACUGGAUACAGCUACAGGAAAAGCUAGAGAAGGCUGAUGCUCAAAGCAGACCUACUUCAUUGGCCUGGGAAGUAAAGAAGAUGUCUCCAGGACGCCAUGUAAUACCAAGUCCAUCAACAGAUAGAAUCAGCGUAACAUCAAAUGCUCGAAGAAGUUUAAAUUUUGGAACGGAAGGAUGCAGAAGGAUGGGAAACAGUUCAGCGUGGAAGGCCUGUUCGAUCUCGAUCUACAGCUGUAGCAACAAAAACUCCUGUAGCUGCAGAAUUGCUAAGAGCUAAAGAUGACAGUGACAAAGAAAAUGUAGUCUUCAGACAAUCAGAAAGUAAACAGAAGAAUUCAUUCGAUGGAGAUAGUGCAUCCAAAAAUACAGAACCUCUGCAGAAAGAUUCUUUAUAUCUGAGUGAGCAUCCUCUUGCUGAAAGGACUCAGUUCACAGCACACACACUAGAAGAUACCAGAAACACUGGCAAUGUGGUUUUACAAGACAGUUCUUGCUUACAAACACCUGAAAUGCCGGCAGUUGUCAUAGAUACUGAACAUACUUCAGAAAGUCUACAGAUUGAUGAAUCUCCCUCCCUGAACUCUGGUAGUAAAGAACCGCAUGAAGCAUUAAAAAACAAGAUAGAAAGUGAAAUGGACCCCUCAGACAUUUCAAAUGUGAGUGCUGCCAGAUUGUCUAUGGCAGAAGUCCUUGCUAAAAAAGAAGAGUUAGCAGAUCGCCUGGAAAAGGCCAAUGAAGAAGCAAUAGCUAGUGCCAUUGCAGAAGAAGAGCAGUUAACUAGAGAAAUUGAAGCAGAAGAAAACAAUGACAUAAACAUUGAGACUGACAAUGACAGUGAUUUUUCUGCUAGCAUGGGCAGUGGAAGUAUAUCUUUCUGUGGCAUGUCUAUGGACUGGAAUGAUGUCCUGGCAGAUUAUGAAGCUCGUGAAUCAUGGCGUCAAAAUAAUUCAUGGGGUGAUAUAGUGGAAGAAGAACCUGCGCGUCCACCAGGCCAUGGAAUACAUAUGCAUGAGAAACUCUCUUCACCAUCUCGCAAAAGAACAAUAGCAGAAUCCAAAAAGAAACAUGAGGAGAAACAGAUGAAAGCUCAACAGCUGAGAGAAAAGUUACGUGAAGAGAAAACGCUAAAGCUUCAAAAACUGAUGGAGCGGGAGAAAGAUGUGCGAAAGUGGAAAGAAGAAUUACUGGACCAGAGACGCAGGAUGAUGGAGGAAAAAUUACUCCAUGCUGAAUUUAAACGUGAAGUGCAGUUACAAGCAAUUGUGAAAAAAGCACAAGAGGAAGAAGCAAAGGUAAAUGAAAUUGCAUUUAUAAACACCUUAGAAGCCCAAAAUAAACGUCAUGAUGUGUUGUCCAAACUAAAAGAGUAUGAACAAAGACUAAAUGAAUUACAGGAAGAACGCCAACGGAGGCAGGAAGAAAAGCAAGCACGUGAUGAAGCUGUUCAGGAGCGUAAAAGAGCUCUGGAAGCAGAACGCCAAGCCCGGGUUGAAGAGCUGCUGAUGAAAAGGAAAGAACAAGAAGCUCGGAUUGAACAGCAGCGGCAGGAGAAAGAGAAAGCACGGGAAGAUGCAGCACGGGAAAGGGCCAGAGAUCGAGAGGAGAGGCUGGCAGCUCUCACUGCAGCUCAACAAGAAGCAAUGGAGGAGCUACAGAAAAAGAUUCAGCUGAAGCAUGAUGAAAGCAUUCGGAGACACAUGGAACAAAUUGAACAGAGGAAAGAAAAGGCAGCUGAAUUAAGCAGUGGGAGACAUGCUAAUACUGAUUAUGCACCUAAACUUACACCAUAUGAACGAAAAAAGCAGUGUUCAUUAUGCAAUGUUUUGAUUUCCUCAGAGGUGUAUCUUUUUAGCCACAUUAAGGGGAAAAAACACCAACAAGCAGUGAGAGAAAAUAGCAGCAUUCAAGGACGAGAGCUUUCAGAUGAAGAAGUGGAGCACCUGUCACUGAAGAAGUACAUUGUUGAUAUUGUGAUUGAAAGCUCUGUUCCAGUAGAACCUUUAAAAGAUGGAGAGGAGAAGCAAAAAACUAAAAAGAAGGCAAAGAAGCUAAAGGCACGGAUGAACUCCAGGGCUAAAGAAUAUGAAAGUUUAAUGGAAGCAAAAAAUGCCACCUCUGAAUCACCAUACAAAGCAAAGUUGCAGCGAUUAGCAAAAGAUCUUCUAAAGCAGUUCCAAGUACAGGAUAGCAGUUCAUUGGCAAACAACAAGGUUUCUGCUCUGGACAGGACUUUAGGAGAGAUUUCUCGUAUUCUGGAAAAAGAGAAUGCGGCAGAUCAAAUAGCAUUCCGGGUUGCAGGAGGACUCACAGCCCUUGAACACAUUCUUCAAGUAGUGAUUUCAUCCACGAAUCUGAAUGCAGUUUUACGGAUUCCUCCUAAGUCACUCUGCAAUACCGUAAAUGUUUACAACCUGGCCUGCAGUAAUUGCACAGAAAACUGCACCUAUGUUCUGUUUAGUAAUAAGAUCACUUUUUUAAUGGACCUGUUGAUGCAUCAGUUAACGGUUUGUGUUCCAGAUGAAUAUAAUGCAACAUUGGGAAGAAGUGCAAAUAAGCAAGUAUUUGAAGGUUUAACAACUGGACUUCUCAGAAUCAUUGCUGUGGUCUUUGGGUGUCUGAUCUCCAGUCUACCAGAUGUAAACAAUCAGUCCACUGCACCUAAAAUAAUACAGGAAGUGAAAAACAAGCCCUCAAAAGUUGAGGCCUUUAACAGCAGGGUUCAGGACCUGAUCAGUUAUGUGGUGAAUAUAGGAUUGAUAGACAAGUUAUGCUGCUGUUUCCUCUCCAUCCAAGGUCCUGUUGAUGACAAUUCAAAAAUAGCUACUUUUCUGCAAAAUGCGACAGCAGUGUUACAUGGAAUGUGUCAGCUCUGUUUUGCUGUCAAUGGAAAGUCUUGGCCCAUUUUUGACAAUACACGUCAGGAUCCCACAGGGCUAACUGCAGUUCUUCGGACUACAGAUCUAGUUGGAGUCUUGCAUAUGCUGUACUGUAUUCUUUUCCAUGGCACAAUCUCAGAUCCAAACAUGGCAAGUCCUAAAGAGAGUUAUACAGAGAACACGAUCCAGGUUGCUAUUCAGAGUUUACGCUUCUUCAAUAGCUUUGCAGUUCUUGAUCUGCCAGCUUUUCAGUCUAUUGUAGGUGCUGAGGGACUUUCUCUUGCAUUCCGUCAUAUUAUCAGCUCUUUGCUGUGGUACUGUUCUCAGCAUACCUGUGAAGGACUGCUACAUGAAGUCAUUGUUUGUGUUGGGUAUUUUACUGUCAACCAUCCAGAUAAUCAGGUAAUUGUACAAUCUGGCCGUCACCCCACAGUGCUGCAAAAACUAUGCCAGUUGCCUUUCCAGUAUUUCAGUGAUCCUCGCCUAAUCAAAGUGCUCUUCCCUACGCUAAUAGCUGCUUGUUACAAUAACCCUCAGAACAAGAUCAUUCUGGAGCAGGAGAUGAGUUGUGUUUUACUUGCCACAUUCAUUCAGGAUUUCACACAGAAUUCAGGCCAAACAGAUAACCAGUCUUCUCAACAAAAGGCAGAAAAAUUCUUCACUUCCCAAGAUUAUCUUGAGCUGUCUAACAGAUUCCCUUGCCAGGCCUGGGAAGAAGCACGACAGUUUUUCUUGAAAAAAGAGAAAAAAUAAGUGUUUCAUUUUGUUUCCAUUUUUAAAACAUCUAACAUGUUAAUGUUAAGCAAUUUGUGCUAAUUACAUACUUUAAGAAACUGUUUUGGAAACUUCUAGAUACUCUACAUACUUAUGUUGUAGAUAUAUAUAAUUUGCACUAUUUAUGUCUUAAGUAUUGUAGAUACUUUAAAGCUCUGUUUUUUAAUUUUGAAAAUUGUUUAUUUCAUUUACAUACUACAUCAUGGCUUUGGUAGCUUCUACCCUAUGAUGUGUACUUCUUGCACUGUAAAACUGCUGAAAUUAGGUUACAAAUAUAGAAAAUGUUAUCUUCUAUAUAUCUUGUAAUAAAAUAACUUAUUCUGUU